UGAUACAAAGAGAUUUUGGACUUUGUUAAGGAAAUUUCUGAUUCCUUGCUAGUUUUAUGGUGUCCUCAUCAGGUGCUUCUCAGCAAUAACCCCAAAGAGAGUUUAAUUUGUCUUCUGCAACCUUCUUCAUCUUUUUCAAACACAAGAUCUUCUUCUUCAGCAUACAUUUUUCGCUGGAUAUUUGCGCUGAGUUGCGAGUUGAGUUGGGAUGUCUCGGGUAGUUGUUUUGAAACAGUGAUGCAUCUACUCAGAAAUUUGUGCAAAGCUAUAUGUAAUGCUGUAGACUUUUCACAUGGAGUUAAAUGCAAGUUAUGACAUUGAGCAUUCUCGCUCCUCGGGAAGCUUAGAGCAUGACAUGUGGCCUUUAGAUCCAAUUGAUCCAAAGAAGGCGAAAUUUCCGUGUUGUUUAGUUUGGAAUCCCCUCCCAGUUGUCUCAUGGUUGGCGCCCUUCAUUGGUCAUGUUGGCAUUUGCAGGGAGGAUGGAGUUGUUUUAGAUUUUUUUGGAUCCAAUUUUGUGAAUGUUGAUAAUUUCGCUUUUGGUGGAGUCGCUAGAUACUUGCAACUUGAUCGAAGACAGUGUUGCUUCCCCCAAAACAUAUCUGCGCAUACAUGCAAGCAUGGCUACCUGCACUCUGAGUAUGGGACAGCAAUCACAUGGGAUGAUGCCUUGCAUUCGAGCAUGCGCUAUUUCGAGAACAAAACUUACAACCUCUUCACAUGCAACUGCCAUUUGUUUGUCGCCAACUGUCUUAACCGGCUAUGUUAUGGUGGAUCAAUGAGCUGGAACAUGAUAAAUGUUGGAGCCUUGAUACUAUUCAAGGGUCAUUGGGUUGAUUUCAUGUCAAUUUUAAGGGCUUUCUUGCCUUUUGUUGUGGUUGUUUGCAUUGGUGUUUUGAUGGUUGGAUGGCCCUUCUUAAUUGGCCUAUCAUCAUUUUCAUUACUCUUAAUUGGGUGGUAUUUAAUGGGAACUUACUUGUUUAGAAACCUUUUAGAGCGUUAGAUGAUGCACACCCUUGAAUUGAAGGAUGGUCUUUAUUUUUGUUCCAUAUUCACCAAAUGAUAAGUUUCAGAACAAGAAAUAAGUGUCAUUUUGUGGAAAUUGAAUGAAAAUGGCUUUUAAUGUUCCUUUGUUUUCGUA